AGAACUGGCUGCUCUUCAAAUAACCGGCAUCCAUCAGUUUGUGUGUGUAGACGUGUCAUCCAUAGAAGUGCAUUCAUAAUUCAUGGAUGAUCUUAUAGAUCCGCCCCAGACUUACAGCUUCAUUACUGUCCAACUGUGUGCAUGGUAAUCAGAACCAGGAGGACGAGGAGAGCUAUAGGACGAGACGGAUCAGAUUUCCCUGAUGUAUAAUCACGGCCACACUUAGCUACACAUCAACUUAUAGCAAUGUUUGUCUUUAGUUUAGAGUUUUUGCAAUGCUAUGAUAAAAGAGAUAAUUGGGACAUGUGGAGAUUACAUUCCAUUUAGUUGCAUCUUAGAUACUAACAUGUGUUUUCAGGCUGAACAGGGUGCAUCUCUGCAGUCAGCCGCAUUGUUGUGUGUGGCCACUGAAACCCAAUCAGUCAUCAAAGCUUUAUACAUCCCUCUUUAUCUACGCGACACUCGCCGGCCCUCUCAGGUUGCCGAGCGACCGGGCUCCAAAAAAACAAACAAACAAAAAAAAAAACCCCUCACGGUGCACCUGAAUCUGAUUGGUGUUUGACUGAUAUGCCGGAGCAGCCAAUGAGAGAAGAGGAAAUGUGAGGAAGCGGCCAGCACAGCUUCCCAGCUCUACCUGUUCAGACGCUCCGAGGGGACGAAAGCAGCUGUCAACCCCCCAAAGUCAGACGUACUCUGACCAGGAGGAACACUAUGAAACAGUGCGGCCCUCGGUGCUGAACGACUCUCCCCCGCCCACAUUGAGCUGCCGAGCUGACUGAGAAGUUCCCGCAUGGAAAACAGGUCAGCGUUGGCCCAACUGAGUCGAGCCUGAAGCUGGAAGCGGAGCCUUGGCGGAGGGUUGGACCACAGAGGCGUACAGAGGUCUUUUCCUCCCUGAGUGUCGAGCAUCGGUCUGUGCGAAGAUGAACCCGAUGUGGAAGGUGUACAAGAGCAAGGUGAUGAAGACGAUCAACCCCGAGUAUGAGGAGGACGCUGCCGAAGAGGUCACAGAGGUGGAGAAUGAUAUGAUGAGUCCAGUGCAGGAGGACGAGGGACCCAACGCUGUAUCCCAGCUGGCCAGAAAAAUGCAGGGGGCCGGGACUAAAAGCUGGAACAGGCUAUCGUCUCUCUUCAACAAAGACGAUGAGCACCAGCUUCUGGAGGAGACCGAGAGUCCGCCGGUCGCUGACCAUCCCCUUGCAGUGAAGCCAGAGGAGCCUCCCCGACCCACCCGACGCUCGGCAUUCUGGGACACGUUUGCGACCAACUGGGCUGCCAAGAAGCAGGCGGAGGCCGCCGCCGCUGCUGCAACAAACGAGGCGGCAGCAGGCCAGGGUGAGGAGGGAGUGACAGAGGCCGGAGGGGAGGAGAGCCAGGACGGGCAGGUCACCCAGGCAGAGGAGAGCAAAGGAGAAGGAGGAGGAGGAGGAGGAGGAGGAGGAAGGAGCGGCAACAACAGCUUCUCCAAAUACGUCUCGCUGGGUGGAGGGAGCGAGGAGGCGUCCUUCAAGUGGAACUUUGUCACCAGCAAGCUGGCAGAGCUGAAGACAAAGAGCAACUAGCUGUUCACGAUGAAGGAUCAGGAGAAGAUAAACAAUAUGAUGGAAGGCUUAGGAAGUUUAGGAGGAGGGCUUAUUCUACACAGGAUGUCCUGAAAUUAAACCAUACAGCCCCCGUUUUAAAAUCACACUCUGACCUACUGAACUCGACGACUCUUUAAAACCACAUCACAAUGAACGAAAAAAGUUACGAUGAACAGGGAUUUAUUUUAACCUUCAUGUUCCCAACGACACUAAUUCAGACCCAAACAUUCUCAGGACGCACAGAGAGAACCGUGUUUAAGAGCAAGGAGGGAUUAUAAAGUGAAUGAUGGUGUAUUUUAAACCUAAAAAUAAAACCCAGAGCGCACAUUUACACACACAAAGUACAUAAACACAUGCUCACACUGGAGUUUACUUCAGGGGACUUCUAAAAAGGCUUUCACUGAAAGAGAUUUAUUAUAAAUAAUUUAAUUCUUCAUCGCUGGAGAUGAGGUGGCUGUACGAUACAUAACUUUCUCUAAACUAAUGUCUUUUUAUCAGCCUGAGACGCAACAUAGCAUACAGUCCGCUGGUGAUAUCUUCCUCCCCAAAGUGCUUUUUAAAACCACAAAAAGAGGCCUUCACACCUGUCAGCAAACCUCCAUCUAAUCUGUAGUUUAGCAAAAACCGGAUUAAGAGAUUAAAGUCUGCGAUAGCUGGAUUAGCCGAGGAUUAUCUCACUUAACCUGCUCAGAGGGCAGCGGAUUUCCUGUUAGCAGAUCUGGCCCGUGCGACACGACCAUUCCGUAACAUGAGAGUUUAUAUAUAUAUAUAUAAAACACUUUUUCUCUCCUCAGACACCCGAGGGAGAGGAAAUGUGUAAAAUAUGAAUGUGUGUGUGUGUGUGUGUGUGUGUGUGUGUGUGGUGAGACGACGUCAGGUGCACCGACGACCCAACGACUUUACUGACUUGAAUCUUUUUUCCGAUUGCGAGCGGCUGACACGUGCUGCAGAGUGUGAGUUUGGAAACAUUCCUUAUUUUUGUGACACGAAAGAGGCUUUUCAAAUAUUAUUUUAUGUUUUUUUUUUUUUUUUUUGGUUUUUGGUCUUGUUUGUAUGUUUUAAAUCUGUUGUUUUGUUUCUCCUGGUAUGCAAUAAUAAAGACUGCUGCACUGA